AAUAUUCGAUAGACGAAUUCAACUUCUGUACACUAAUUGCAGAGCCCAGGGGAAUUAGAAAAAAUUCGUCAAAGAUCCCCACAUGCUCUGCUUCCAAAAAGAAUAAUAAUUGAAGAAAAAACGAUUAUUCAUUUAUAAAAAAUCCCAAAAGCGAAAAAAAAAAAAUCAAAUUAGAAAAAUGGUGGAAGCUGGAAAAAAGAAAAUAGCAAUUGCUGGAAUUGCUUCAAUUCUUUUAGUUGCAUGUGUUGUUGGUACAGCUGUCACACUUACAAAAAAGAAUGAUGACUCAUCAUCAUCAUCUUCUGGUGGUGGCCAAGCUUCGACUACUAGCAAAUCGAUAAAAUCCAUGUGUCAACCUACGCAAUAUAAAGAAACAUGCGAAAAAUCGCUCGAAUCAGCCAAAAAUACAAGUGAUCCAAAGGUGUUGGUUAAAACCGCCUUUGAAAAUACCGUUAAUGAAAUUGCGAGCUCGAUUAAAAAUUCUGCUCCAUUUAAGGAAGCGGAAAAAGAUCCAAGGACUAAGAAUGCAUUAAAAGUUUGUGAUGAAGUUCUUGACCGUUCGGUUGCUGAGAUCAAACGAUCAGUAUCGAAAAUCGAGACUAAUGACGUUAACAAAUUGAUCAAGGAGUGCGUCUAUGACGUUAGGUCAUGGCUCAGUUCCGCUGUGACAUUUGAGGGUACUUGCAUUGAUGCAUUCGCCAACACGACUGGUGACACUGGUGAGAAAAUGAAGAAAAUCUUGAAGACAGCGAGCGAGCUCACUAGCGUUGCGCUUGACAUUGUCAGUAGCUUCGAGGAACAACUGUCUGGGUUACAAGGUCUAGGCAUAAGCCUCGGUAAUAGGCGAUUAUUAACCGCUGAAGCAGGCAACAGGAGGCUUCUCGAAGUUGCCCCCCUCAAGCCCAAUGUUGUGGUGGCACAAGAUGGCAGUGGACAACACAAAACAAUCAAUGAUGCUCUUAAAACAGUGCCCCAAAACAAUAACAGCCCUUAUGUCAUCUUAAUCAAGGCUGGUACUUACAAUGAAAAUGUUGAAGUCAAAGACACAAUGAACAAUGUUGUAUUUGUUGGUGAAGGCACAAACAAGACCAAAAUUACUGGCAACAAAAAUUAUCUUGAUGCUCUUCCAAUUUACCUUACUGCUACUGUUUCUGUCUCCGGACAAGGAUUCGUGGCUAAGGACAUUGCAUUCGAGAACUCAGCAGGGCCUUCGAAGAAACAAGCCGUAGCACUCCGUGUCUCAGCUGAAAUGGCAGUAAUCCACAACUGUCAAAUCGAUGGAUACCAAUCAACACUUAUGGCUCAUGUUGGCAGACAAUUCUACCGCGAUUGCAGCAUCUCCGGAACCAUUGAUUUCGUCUUUGGCGAUGCAGUAGCUGUGUUCCAGAACUGCAAGUUGAUCGCAAGAAAGCCUGAGGAGUCCCAAACUCAGGCCAUCACCAUCGCGGCUCAGGAAAGGAUCGAGCCAUCUGGAACAGGUGCAUUCAUAUUUCAGAACUGCACGGUCACAGCUGAGCCAGCUCUCGCCGCAGUCAAGCCAGCAGUUAACAAGGUGUUCCUCGGACGACCGGCUAAGUUGUACUCAAGGGCCAUAGUGAUGGAAUCAGAAAUUGAUGGUAUCAUUGACCCUGAAGGAUGGAUUCCAUUUGCCGGUACCUUUGGACUUGACACAUCAUACUUUGCUGAGUACCUAAAUAGGGGCCCCGGUGCAAAUACCGAUAAAAGAGUAACUUGGAAAAGUUACAAUAAGAAUCCUGCAAAAGAUGCUAUUGAGAAAUUUACCCCUGGAGUCGUACUUAAAGCUGGUAGUGAUAAUAGUGAUGGAUGGGUUAAAAAAUCUGGUGCCCCAUAUGAACCAGGGAUGAUGAAGGUGUAAAUAAUUAAAUAUUUACAUUUUUCUUCAAUGAAUAAGAAAAGCAAUUAUAUUUAA